AUGGUAUACCGAUCGCGUCUACUUCUAGCUCUGGGGGCUUUAUCUUCCUUGGCGCUCUCUGAGAAAGUCGGCUACUUUGAUGCAUCGGCUUGCGCAGAUUCCAACGGUUUCACGUCCUGCUACAAAGAUGCAGAUACUGUGUACACAAAUUGUGUAAACAAGAACUGUGCUGGUGGAAGUCAAGCAUGCUCUGACUCAUGCGGUGGAAGUACCACCUGCAUGAACAAGCAAUGCCCUGGGCUGGGCAGUGACUGUAUCGGUGCCUGCGAAUGCGCCAAGUUCGCACACCAAAUUGACUGUGUUAGUGCAAGCUGUUGGAACGAGGUCAGACUCAUGGCAAUUCAAUUCUUAAUCAUUUCCCUGACACUUCUACAGGUCUACACUUGCGAGUACCAGAAUACCGUCGGAGAUUUCUUUACUUACUGCACCAAUCCUAAUUAUGAUACUCCAGCACCCGACGAUGCCCCUGAUUCCUGUUCUUGCAACCUUGGAAAGAUUGUAAAGAAAGAGUGUUUGAUUACGCUCCAGAUGACAGAGUGUAGCAACAACAUGACCAACCUCGACCAACUUACUGAUACCGACGCGAUCGUGGAUUAUGGGAAAGCUUGCAUAUGCUGCGAAUUAAGUGCUUUUGUCUCUACCAUCUACGACACCUGCCCCAACGCGAAGCCUUCUCUACUUGGUGUGGACGCGUGGAAUGAGGCAGUCUUUGCACCUAACGAUUGGGAAGAGUGUGGACCAUAUCUCGAGUCAUAUGAUUGUGCGGGCGACUUAGGAUACGGUCGUACUGACGCCGGUGCAAUCAGCAAAUUCUACCAGCAAAGCAGCAUGCCAUCUAAUGGUACUGAGACCUCGUCCAACAAGGACGAUGUGGUUUCCGCCCCGGUCAGUGGUUAUAUUUUCACGUGGACCUUUGGCCACUCUAUGAAUGCAGUGUUACACACUGUUACUGUGACUUCGGCAGACGCAGUUGUCACCAGGAAGGCCACUGGGGGCAGUUCGGCAACAAGUGCUGCUACUGCUACUGGUGCGGCUGCGGAGAGCACACAGCCUGGAGUCGGAUCCUCCUCGGCUAUUUCCCUCUGGACUAUCACUGGCAGUGUUGGUGUCUUGGCCUGGUUGGCUUUUUUAAUCUUGAAGUACUAA